AACUCGAAGAGCACAGGAAGGGAAGAAGGCUUCCAAACUCUGCCCCCAGCACAGAAAGCAAAAGGCCAGUGGCAGCCCUGGGAAGUGACAUGUGUGUCCAGAUAGUCAAGAAAUGGAGAUAGUGUGAGGAAGACGCGGAGCUCUGGAAGGGCCAGGUUCCUGGGGGCUGGCAGGAGCAGCCAUGGAGGAAACCUACCUGCUGAAUGUGGAAGGGGUCAAAAAGAAGAUUCUGCAUGGAGGUCAAGGAGAGCUGCCGAAGUUUCAGGAUGGCAGCAAGAUCACCUUCCACUUCCAAACGCUGAAGGAUGACUUUGAGCGGACUGUGAUUGAUGACAGCCGGGAAGCUGGCAUCCCCAUGGAGAUCAUCGUGGGCAAGAUGUUCAAGCUGGAGAUCUGGGAGACGCUGCUAAGCUCCAUGAGAACCGGGGAGGUGGCUGAGUUCUGGUGCGAUGCCAUCCACACGGGCAUGUACGCCCUGGUCUCCAGGGGCAUGCGGAGGAUCGCAGAGGGCCGGGACCCUCUGGAAGGGCAGAAGCACCGCUGUGGCAUGGGUAACAUGUUUGACUACCACAGCACGGGCUAUGACGACCUGGACGAGCUGCAGCGGACACCGCAGCCCCUCAUCUUCAUCAUGGAGUUGUUUCGGGUGGAGGAGCCCUCAGCGUACAAGCGUGACACCUGGGCCAUGAGCAAGGAGGAGAAGCUGGCGGCGGUGCCCAUCCUGCACAGUGAGGGCAACCGCCUUGUCCUCCGUAGGGAGUUUGGGCAGGCAGCAGCCAAGUACCAGGAGGCUGUCAUCUGCCUGAGGAACCUCCAGGCCAAGGAGAAGCCGUGGGAGGAUGGCUGGCUGAAGCUGGAAAGCCUGGUCACGCCGCUGGUGCUCAACUACUGCCAGUGCCAGCUGGAGCUGGGCGAAUACUACGAGGUGCUGGAGCACACGACGGAGCUCCUGCAGAAACACAACGACAAUGCCAAGGCUUAUUUCAAGCGGGCGAAGGCCCAUGCUGCUGUCUGGAAUGAGCGAGAGGCACGGGAGGACUUCCUGCGGGUGGCUCACCUCGACCCCUCCAUGGCGGCUGCUGUGAAGAAGGAGCUGAAGCAGCUGGGGGAGAGGAUGAGGAAGAAGCACGUGGAGGAUCGGAAGCGCUACCAGGGGCUCUUCCAGCCGCCCCGGGGGCCACGGGCCAGUGCGGGGCAGGAGGACAGGCAGGUGGGCGAUGGGGCGAUGUUGCAGGGAGAGGCACCCCAGGGUGAGGUUGGGGUCCCAGAGACCCCAGGGCAGGGGGAGCAGGGUGCAGGGACUGAAGAAGCAGAACAACCAGGGGCUGACCGAACAGUUGGAGGUGAAGGGGCAGCAGCAGAAGGGACAGGCCAGGGGCAGCCUGCAGACGUGGAGGUGGAAGUGAGGGAUGGGAUGCGACUGGGAGAAGAAGCAAACCUGGGCACCUGUGGGGCAGAGCCAGAGAGCUGGGAGUCAGAGGAGAAAGAUGAGAAAGAGAAGGAGAGGGAUGAAGAAGAGGAGGAGGGGGAGGAGAAAAAAAAGGAGGAGGAUGAGGUGGAGAAGGAGGAAGAAGAAGUGAAGAAGGUAGAGGAGGCAAAAAAAAAGGAGAGGGAGGAGGAGAGGGAGGAGGAGGAGGAGGAGAGGGAGGAGGAGGAGAAGGAGAGGGAGGAGGAGGAGAAGGAGAGGGAGGAGAAAGGAGGAGAGGAAGAAGAUGAGAAGGUAGAGAAGGAAAGAAAGAAGGGGGAAGAGGUGGAGACAGAGAAAGAUGAAGUGAAGAAGGUAGAGGUGGAAAAAAAAGAGGAGAGGGAGGAGGAGAAGUUGGAGGAGGAGAAAGUGGAUGAGGACAAAGAGGAAGAGAGCCCAGCAGCAGAGAUGGAAAAUCUGUCUGUAGGGCAAUGCGGGGAGCAGGAAACAUGUGGGGCAGAGGGAGCUGGCACAUGGAGCAUGGCUGAGACAGGACCCUGCAGUGAGGGGCUGGGGCCAGCCAAGGGGACCCAAGAACUGGAGGGCAAAACACCCAGAGAGGUGCUGGAAGAACGGAGCUGUGGGGAGCAGCGAGCAGGCAUCAGCUGGGGAAAUGCUGGGGAAAGCACCAUCUCCCCAGACAGCUUUACCCCCGGGGCAGUGCUCCAGGCUGGGCACUUGGGGGCGAGCGAGGAGCUGGGUGGAGGGGCAGAAGUGACCCCUGCCCCAUAGCAUCCAGGGAAAGGGGUAACGCACCCCCAGGGCAGUUCAGCAAAAGCAGAGAGCUGGAGGAUGUGACCCUGGGGCAUGGCCAGCCCUGAGCAGAGCCUGUUACCCAUGGAUAAGGGAAAGGCUGCUGGAUCACUGACAAGGAGGCA